CCGGCGUCCGGGGGUGACUGUGCGGGAGCGGCUGUCCUGUUGCCGUCGGUGCUGGAGGCCGCUGAUCCUUAGGCCUUCCGGGCAGGCCUGGCUGCGGCCUGCGGGCGGCCUUGUGCGGAUGCCGCUCGCGCCGACCCUGAGGGCCUGGGAGGAGGGAAGCGCAGAGGCUGCUCUGGCGCUUGCACGCGGCCGCUGUCUUCCCCCAGAGCACUUUCUUUGUUUCAGGAUUCUUUCGGGCCUGUGCUGCCGGGAUUACGCUCGUGUGGGUAUGAGUAGUCACAUGGCACGGUCGAAGUGGGAUUCCUGUGCCCUGACAAGCGCAGCGUGGGGCAACUGACAGGUGUUGCUGUGUGGCACGGGGACUCGGGAAGUGUGCGCACAGCCUGGGCCCUGCUGGUUACCCGCCAAAAAAUUCCUUUGGAGGAACUCCCUUCCUUUUGAAGGGAGCCCCUAUCUUUCAUCUUUCUGUGGACAUCUGACCUAGGUCAGUGGUUCCUGACUAUUUUUUUUUUUUAAUGGUUGAGCCACUGCACCCCACCUUCUCCUUCUUGCCUGACUCCUUCUCCCUGCCAUAACACUUCAGUGCUUUCUGGUCGGUGAUUGCAUCUUGCUGGCUGGGACUUGGUUACCCAGGUUAGGGCUGGAAACAGGAUGUGGGCUUGUGGCUUGCUGUCUGUGGUCCUGUUCUGAGACCUCAGUGCUUCUAGAAGUAGUAGAUGCAACCGAGAGGAGGUAGUAGCAAUGAGUUAGGGGACUGCAGGUGGUUCUCUCAAUUUGCGUGUGACUCCAAAAGACCCUAACAAGGAGGGGUUGUGCCUCCAUCCCCACAGACCACAUCAGUGCUUCUGGGUUUGGAUACCUACUCUGCCACCCCUUUCCUUUGACCUUAGGAAAUUCUCUCUGUAGCUUGAUUUCCUACAGGUACGCUGGAAACAAUCCAUUAUUCCGUUAUUUUAGUACAGCACUGUGAAUAUGAACGUACAUAAUGGAUUACUGUGCUUGGAUACUGGAACAGGAAUAAGUACCUUAGAGCUGGGACUUCUCAAUAUUAAAAAUACUUAAAAUAGGUUUUCCAUUAAAAGGAUUGAGCUCUUUUUAUUUGCUUUUCCUGAUUGUGCAAAUGAGGUUAGCGUGUUUCACUGGAGAACUGUUAACAGAUGUACCUGCAAUGAGUCGCUCUUGGUAACUUGGAUCAAUAAAUAUCCUGUUUAAUAGCUAAUCCUAUUCAUAAACAGAAUUCAUGAGGACUUAAUUCCUCUUUGUGAAUUUGGCCUUUCUGCCUGUCAUUAGUGCAAAACCAUUUAUGUCUUGGUAAUGGAUAUCUUGUGUAUUUUUAACGCAGCCAAGCCCUUAAUCACAUCACUUCCUUUACGAGGAGGGCCGUGAAUGGAUCAAGCCCCACAGCUCUCUGCUGCCUCUUGCAGCGCACCCUGGCAGACAUUCCGUAAAUAAACCCGCAGUGCCCGAGUAGGGGUUUAGGUAUUUGCAUUGCGCGUAUUGUCUUGGACUUAUUUCCUGCAUUUUAAGGAUGGAUGACAGAUGCAGUUCAAAUCUUUGUGGUGCCCAGAGCAUGUCUUUUUUCAUCUCUUAGAAUGCUGGCCCCCACUAUUAGAUGGUUCAGAUCACUGCUGUUAAGGAUAUUUUUUUCCUGUUUCAUUUUGUAUUUUGACAGCAGCUUUUGGUUGCUUGGCCUCAGGACUUACUUUGCACAUCCGCUAAUUCUCCCUGUGGCCUGUUUGUUUGUGUGGGUGAGUUACUAGCAGAAAUAGAAACAAGUGAAUGAUUGUGGAACUACAGGUCUUCACGGGGCAACAGGGAGCAAACGUCAUUUCCGACUUCUCAUUAAAAAGGAAAGUAGGAAAGUGAUACUGGAUUGCUAGCUAAUAGCACUAUUUAAAAGUACUUUUAUUCUAGGAUGCAGGUGAGGUAAGAAUGACAUCUUGACUGGAUUUUAGGCUGUACACCAUUGAUUAAAAACUUGGUCAGAGCCAUUUCACUGUUCCACUGAGUGUUCAGGCAAAGAUGUUUUUAGUGCUCCCAUGACUAUAUUAGUAGAGCAGAUUCAUACUGAGUGUUGUGAAAUGCACCUGUGCGUUUUGCUGGAAUGGAAGAGAUUCUUGUCGGAAUCUCUUGAGGUGCUCUCCCAGUGUAAGUCUGUGUUGCCAGUGAAAGGAGAUGUGCCAGUGUUCUGCCACAUCUUCUUGCUCUAGCAUUCAUGCGGCUGCAUGACGAACUGGAGACUGACAAGGCUGCAAACAGUACUGACUGACAUGAAUGGUGGAGCCAGCGUAAGGGAAGUGAUGGAAAUGUGUGUUGCGGGGACACAGGACUCCUUUGUUAGUACUGUGUGCCCUGAUGUGGGCUUAAAGCGCGUAUGUAAUUCUGCCUUCCUUAUCUGGAGGAUGUCCUUGCUUCGUAUCAGCUCCCUGAGGUGGUCUACUCGUGUGUUUGCAUGCGUUUUACGAAACUGUUGUAUGCGGCCUGCUUCUCUUAUCUGGGAUGAAAUUUUACAGAAUUCCUCCGUUCAAAAACCACUUUAGCCUGCAGUAAAUAUAAAUCACUUCUUUAAUCUUCUGGGAAAAUGGUGAAUGUAGUAGGUUUAAUAUGGCACUUGAAAAUGGUGCAGUGGGUAAAUAACUUCCAGAAGUCUGAAAGUGAUGAAGAGUCCCUUUGUGGUGUGAUUUUUUGAACUUGAUGUCAGUCUAUUGCAUUGGAUGUGGUAAUGCUGAAGGGCCCUUGAGAUGGGAAGGGAGUGUUUGCCAUAGCGGGUUAUUGCGUGUUCAGACUGACUCAGUGAAGUAGAAAUUGGGUCACCCCAAUGGGUAUUUGAUUAGCUGACUCCUCCCCCUUUUCUGAAUCUGAACUCGAUCUGAAGUCUGCGUGAAUUUUUAACUGGUUUGUGGAAGUGGGGAGAAGCCAAGUGCCUCUAAGAUAUGGAUUUCAAGAAGUUGAGUCUCUCCAAUCAUGAGAUAGAGCCACUGCUAGAACUGAGGUGCUGUUUAAUACUACUCUUGCCUAGCAUGAGCAACUUUGAAGUUAAUCCUCUUUGAGUAGGAAAAUGGACUAGAUGACCUCCAGAAGUCCCCUCCAAGAUAAUUCCUUGAUCAGAAGCAUAUUAGUGGCUAAAUGCAAAGCAGCAGUGUUGUUUUCCCUGUCUGGGCUACGGCAGAGUGCACUCCUCCACCAGCUGGGCAAUACCAACAGCAGACUUCCUUGGAGAUCCUGCACAUUUGCUCGUGCUUGGUGGUUACGGGGAUGCUCUUGCCAUAUGACUGAGCAGUGAAGUUGGAUAAGAGACCACAAUCAGAGAUUGACCUUUGGGGCCCCAAGCAUGUGCUAAGCGCAGCCUUCUUCAGAAGGUGUGAGACAACAUCAGCACUGGAAAGGAGAGGGCUUUCAUCUGUGUAAUAGUGUUCUGCCUUUGGCAUCAGCUCUGAGCUCUUGUGCGGCAGUGAAUGACUUCUCUGCCCUUUCGAGUUUAGUUUGGUCUUAGCUCCUCCACAGAGGGCAAAACGAAGGGCAGAGGAGAUCAGGUGCCCGUUCCCAGCCACAGAGGGACUAAGGUAGAACUGGGCCAGGUGGAGAAGUGCUGGAACCAGACCCAAAGGGUCGGCUGUUCCUUUCUGGAAGGGAAGCUGGCUUGUUCCAAGAACUAGGGGUAUGAUUCAUUGUCCAGAAACCCACUUGCACCCUUCCUUGCGUGCUGGGCUUUGUGCCACGGAAGCAUUCUUCCCUCUGCCCUGCCCUUGCUCAUUGGAAAUAUUCUGUUUACUCAAUUCCGAACAGGAUGCUGCAUUCCAAGUAAUCAAUCAUUCAAAGUUUCUUAGUUUAUGACACAUCUUAAUAUACUGAGGAAUAAUUCCUAGCAGCAAAGGGAUACUGAGUCAUGUGGAAAAAUAAACAGUCCUUGGACACUUUAAACUGUUGAUGCUUCACUUGGUAGUUCUGUAACUUCAAACCUUCACUGCUGCCACAGGGUAGAAACAAGCGGUGACUCCUCCCAAGACUAGGUAGUGAGCUCAGGGUUUAGGCAGCACUUUGGGGCUCUGACACGCGGCCUUGAGCAUGCUGAGCUGGUUGCGGUGUUGCUGUCCCUCCGACAGUGGGCAGAGCAUGUUCCUGUGCCUGCCCUGCAGCCCAAGCUCGGGAGCCAGCAGGAUUCUCUGUCAGCCUGGUGGUGGAGGCGAUGGUGGGCUCCCCAGAACGCACCUCUCAGAGCCAGUAGAGAGGCCAACUCACCACUGCUGCUAGUUUAGGUCUUCUGGAGGGCUCUGAGGCCUUAGUGUGCUGCUGGAGGAUUUAAGAGCAUUCUUACUAGCUGGGUUUGAGUUUUGCACUGGGAAACAAUACAGCCGAGUGCAGAACAGGACACGGGCUGUCCUCCCUGCUGGCACAGGGUGUAGGAUUACAGCAAGGGAGCUAAGCUGGAGUUGUGUAGCAAUCCUAGCAGCAAGGCCAGGUAAUCAGGCCUUGAUAGCCAGCAACGCUGUAAAUACUGCAGGGCCUUGUUAUUGUUAGGCUUGCACAUUUAGGUGAGGCACUGUUGCAAAAAUACAGCCUCUCUGGGGUCUUGUUUUGGAGAGGGAGUGGUACAGGUGAGCUCUGAACGGAUACCCCGAGUCAUCUGGAGACUUCAUCUUCUGCCCAACAGAAAUGUGGGUUUGUUAUCAACGCUUACAUUUAGUCGAUUAUAGCUGUUAUCUGUUCCAAACCUGCCUGGCUGAUGGCUGAGAUGGUUUGUCACAUAUUGGAGAAUGCGUGCUUCGCUCAAGGAGUGCUGCUGCAGAAUUGCUGUGGUGCAUAUUCCCAGUACUUCUCAUCCUGUUGUCAGCGAUGCUUGGUCUCUAGGACAGUUGUGAAUCCUAAAACAUGCGCACGUCCCCAGGGAGGCUUACCAGAAUCCAAAUGGCUCUCUUGCACAGGCGGUUGGGAUUUUCCUUAACGCAUCUGAGCAGCACAAUCAUCCAGCGACACUUCAGUGUCAGUGGAGCAUGCCGAGCAAUACAGAAACUUACUCGCGUGCGAGUGGUGGACAACAGUGCCUUGGGAAACGCGCCAUACCACCGGCCACCAAAGUGUAUCCACGUGUAUAACAAGACUGGAGUUGGCAAAGUAGGAGAUAAGAUCCUUCUGGCUAUCAAAGGAGAAAAGAAGAAGGCUUUGAUUGUAGGACACAAGAUGCCUGGUCCUCACAUGACACCUAGGUUUGAUUCUAACAAUGUGGUACUCAUAGAAGACAAUGGAAAUCCAUUAGGAACUAGGAUAAAAACACCCAUACCUUAUAUCCUGCGGCAGAGAGAAGGAGAGUUCUCCAAAGUAUUGGCCAUUGCCCGCAAUUUUGUAUGAGAGCUAAGAAAGAUUUCUGGCACUCCUGUUCAUAUUCUUUCCUACAGUAGCUAUUCCUUGGUCCUUUUCUUGAAAAAGGUGAAACAUGAAGAAGUUGAGGUUCAUUAAGAGUCUCUCUUCCUGUUUAUGAAAUACAAACAGCUACUUUCAAUACUGAAAUGCCUUGUUUUUCUUCAGAAGAGAAAACAGCAUGUUUGGGAAGUGCUCCUUUACUCAUAGUGCUCUGCUGGUGUUACUUUGAUCUCCAGUUAUUAAAGUAAGAACGUGAAAAUCCUUA